GCCUCACGAGCAGGUCCGAGCACGACUGUGACGAACUGAAGAAAGAAAAAAAGAAAAAAAAAAAAAGAAAGGUACCUACGGAUUUGUUCGGGACUUUUUCUGUGUGUUUCCCUGCCUCGGACAGAAAGCUGUAACCUGCUCCUCCAUUUUUAAAGCCCUCCUCAGCUCCACUGUAAAUAGACAAAACAACAGAAUGACAUCACAUUUCAGGAGCGGCCCAGCCUUCGGUCUCUCUGCCGAGGUCAAGAGUAAGCUUGCAGGGAAGUAUGACCCCCAGAAGGAGGAGGAGCUGAGGCUGUGGAUUCAGGAUGUGACCGGCAAGAGGAUGGGGGACAGCUUCAUGGAGAGCCUGAAGGAUGGAGUCCUGUUGUGCGAACUCAUUAAUGUUCUCCAGCCUGGUUCUGUGAGAAAGAUCAACCACUCCAGUCAAAACUGGCACCAGCUGGAAAACAUAGGGAACUUUGUCCGUGCGAUCACAGAGUACGGCCUGAAGCCACAUGACAUCUUUGAGGCCAACGAUCUGUUUGAGAAUGUCAACCACACUCAGGUCCAGUGCACGCUCAUCGCUCUGGUUGGAAUUGCCAAGUCCAAAGGUUUCCACUCCAAGUAUGACUUUGGAGUGAAGUACGCUGAGAAGCAGCAGCGCCGCUUCGCUCCAGAGAAGCUCAGGGAGGGACGCAACAUCAUAGGCCUGCAGAUGGGCACCAACAAGCUUGCCAGCCAAAAGGGCAUGACCUCUUACGGCACACGGCGCCACCUGUAUGAUGCCAAGAUGGGCAUGGACAACCCGCUGGACCAGUCUACUAUCAGCCUACAGAUGGGUACCAACAAAGGAGCCAGCCAGUCUGGCAUGACAGCUCCGGGAACCAGGAGGCACAUCUUUGACAAGAAGCUGGAGCUGGAGAACUGUGACACCACCACCAUCUCUCUGCAGAUGGGCACCAACAAAGUGGCCUCCCAGCAGGGCAUGACCACCUACGGCCUGCCCCGCCAGGUCUAUGACAACAAGUACUGCACCAACCCCACCGAGGCCUACUAUAACAACGGCAAUGAGGUGGAGUUCGACGGCUACAACCAGUACUCAGAUUAAAAAAACACGGACAGCCUCACCGCCCCCCCCCGCCCCCA